UAGACAAAGCAACAGGAAAUAUCUCAUUUGGGUUUGCGGCCCAUAUAGCAAUUGAGAAUUAGUGGUGCUGUUUAAGAGUUAUUAGUUAGCCAAAACCCAUUUCCCGGGUAAAACCAAACAGAAAAUAACGAUCAUCAUCAUUCCCAAGAAAAGAAAAGACAUGAACUUCUAUCCACAAAAAACAACUCGUCUUCAACUCAAAUAAUCUUUAAAAAUUGUUAGAGAAAUUGUUGUCAUAAUAGUUAUGGCUGAUUCUUUAUGCAAGUUCUUGGAUGCUCGGUGUAUAACAGGUUCUCAAUUCUUGGCCACCUAUUUUUCUGCCCAAAAACCCCUCCUUUUCCCAACUCUUGUCAGAAGAAAAAGAAGAAGAAAAUCACUUCAAAUUGCUUUCUGCUCCACAUCCAUUUCCCCAUAUCUUGAUGUCGUCUCUACCCAUGAGCAUUCUGAUGGCACUUUACUGUUUCGGUUUGGGGACCCAAGUGAGAUAGAGAAAGAGGUUGAAUUGGAGGAAUCCCUUUUGGGGGUUGAAGAGGUUGGAAGGGAUAGUGAGGAGGAAUUUAGUGUGGUGAACGUUUUAGAUGGUGAUAAUGAGAGAGAAGUCAUUGUCAAGAAAGUAGAGAGGGAAGCCAGGGGUGAGGCUGUGACUGUGGUAACUGAUGCUGGUGUCUCUGAAUCAGUAGUAAUUGGCAAUGGAAGGAGUGAUUUUGUCGAAGUAGAGACUGGAUUGAGUGAAAAUUUUCUUGGAGAUUCCGCGGAUGAAAUUGGUUUGAUUUCACCUGAAGGAAUUCAAAAUGAAUCUGUAGCUGAAGUCGGUAUUGAGAAUGCAGGACAUGUUGAGGAGAUUUUUGAAAAGAAAGAUGAUAGUGAAGCUUCAGUUCCACCACCACCAGAGAAUUCUAUUCCUUCUUUGGAAGUUGAGGAAAAAAUGAUGGGUCAAUCAAGUGAUGAAUCAUUUGAAGAAUUGGAUGAUGACAAUUCACUUCUUUUAAGUUCACCUGCAGCAAUGCCUGUUUAUUCUGAUUCGGUAAACACUAAGGAAAUUGAAGAAUCUGAGGGAGAAGGUUCAAGUCAAUUUACAGAGAAUGAUGGUGGCAAGGAUUGCUGUGAUGAUUCAACUCAUUCGAUGGAAAAUGGUGAUAUUGAGGCAGUGGACAAUGAUAUUGAGAUUGUCCAACACACAGAACAAAUAUCUGAAAAUAUUGAUCCUAUAUUGGAAGGGCCCGUGGAGAGUGUUCCAGAAGGAAUUAAUCUGGGGAAUACCGAAACUGUUGCUGACGAAAUUAGUCCAGAGAAUACUCCCGAGGGAAUUAAUAUGGGGAAUACUGAAACUGUUGUUGACGAAAUUAGUCCAGAGAAUGCUCUCGAGGGAAUUAAUCUGGGGAAUACUGAAACUGUUGUUGACGAAAUUAGUUCAGACAAUGCUCCUGAGGGAAUUGAUCCAGGGAAUACUGAAACUGUUGUUGACGAAAUUAGUUCAGACAAUGCUCCUGAGGGAAAUGAUCAGGGGAAUAGUGAAACUGUUGUUGACGAAAUUAGUCUAGAGAAUUCUCUUGAUCAGGGGAAUAGUGAAACUGUUGUUGACGAAAUUAGUCUAGAGAAUGCUCCUGAUGGACUUGAUCUGGGGAAUACUGAAACUGUUGUUGAGGAAAUUAGUCUAGAGAAUUCUCUUGAUCUGGGGAAUACUGAAACUGUUGUUGAGGAAAUUAGUCUAGAGAAUUCUCUUGAUCUGGGGAAUACUGAAACUGUUGUUGAUGAAAUUAGUCUAGAGAAUUCUCUUGAUCUGGGGAAUACUGAAACUGUUGUUGAUGAAAUUAGUCUAGAGAAUUCUCUUGAUCUGGGGAAUACUGAAACUGUUGUUGAUGAAAUUAGUCUAGAGAAUGCUCCUAAUGGACUUGAUCUGGGGAAUACUGAAACUGUUGUUGACGAAAUUAGUCUAGAGAAUUCUCUUGAUCUGGGGCAUACUGAAACUGUUGUUGACAAAAUUAGUCCAGAGAAUGCUCUAGGGGGAAUUAAUCUGGGGAAUACUGAAACUGUUGUUGAGGAAAUUAGUCUAGAGAAUUCUCUUGAUCUGGGGAAUACUGAAACUGUUGUUGAUGAAAUUAGUCUAGAGAAUUCUCUUGAUCUGGGGAAUACUGAAACUGUUGUUGAUGAAAUUAGUCUAGAGAAUGCUCCUAAUGGACUUGAUCUGGGGAAUACUGAAACUGUUGUUGACGAAAUUAGUCUAGAGAAUACUCCUGAUGGACUUGAUCUGGGGAAUACUGAAACUGUUGUUGACAAAAUUAGUCCAGAGAAUGCUCUAGGGGGAAUUAAUCUGGGGAAUACUGAAACUGUUGUUGACGAAAUUAGUCCAGAGAAUGUUGAUAUUAGGCAUUUGUCUAUGGAUGCUGAAGACCAGAGUAUCGAAGUCCUUAAUUUUGAAAAUGAUGAUCAAACCGAGCUGAGUAAUUUGUCUGUAGAUACAGAAGAUCAGGCUUCCCGAAAUAGUACCUUCAAGGAUAGUGAUGAGACUGAUGUGAUUGAAGUAAUGCCUGAUUCUCCUAAGCUGGAGGCUGAACCAGUUUUUGAUGAGGAAGUUGAUCACAACCUAAUAUCAGACUCUAAUGAAAGUGAAAGUCCAUUACCGUCAGAUGAAAAUUUGCCUAGCUUAUCCUUGGAAGAAGAAAGAAAAGAAGAUGUAGAAAACACUGAGAUCAUGGAAGUGUAUGGUCAUGAAGUGGUUGAGGAUAAAUCUUCAGAUGUCUUAGACAGCAGCAAGGAAGCUACACCAGCAGCAGCAGAACUACUUCUGUCCUCUGGUGCUACUUUAUUGCAAUAUCCCUCCAAGGCAUUCGCAGGUGGACACGAAGCAUAUUUUAUUGCUUGUGGGAAGUGGCUAGGGGUAGCUGAUGCAGUUGGUUCCUGGUCAUUGGAAGGGAGUGAUCCAGGAGUAUAUGCCCAGGAACUCAUGCAAAAUAGUGAAUCCAUUGUUUCUCAGUGCGACACGGAUUCAAUAAAUGACCCUAAGCAAGUCCUUAAUCUGAGCGUCUCAAAAACAGAUUCCCCUGGAUCUUCAACAGUCUUGAUUGCUCACUUUGAUGGAAAGGUUCUUCAUGUGGCUAAUAUUGGCGACUCUGGAUUUAUCAUAGUAAGGAAUGGCAGUGUUUAUAGGAAGUCAUCACCCAUGCUUCAUGAAUUCAAUUUGCCUAUUCAAAUUGAGAAAGGCGAUGAUCCAUCUCAACUUCUGGAGGAAUACAAGAUAGAGUUAGAUGAAGGGGACAUCAUUGUCACUGCAACAGAUGCACUUUUUGACAACUUAUAUGAUCAAGAAAUAGUGUCAAUCGUCUCAAGGUCACUGGAAGCUGACAAAAGUCCUCAGGAAAUUGCGGAGAUUUUGGCAACAAGAGUGCAACAAGUGGGUAGUUCUGCUUCGGGGAGAAGUCCAUUUGCUGAUGCAGCUCAAGCAGCCGGAUAUGUUGGGUAUACUGGUGGCAAGCGCGAUGAUGUCGCUGUCAUUGUAUCACUAGUUCAAAAGGUAAUCGUGUCAAAUGACAACUAGUAAUAUUACACAUAGUUCCACGUAAAUUCUUUAAUGUUUCGCUUCCACUUUGUAAGCAGUUUUGAUGUCUCAAAGAAAGUAACUGUAACAUCUAUGUUGAUGGGGUUCAGUUGCUUCAUUGAAAUGUAAAUUUAUGGCAUCUGAUUCCUAUGCCUACACCAUC